UUCAGUUCCUAUUGAAUUCUCAGCCUGGAAAGACGAACAUCAUUCAAUUCCCCCUAAGCAAACAAACAUUAAAUGUUAUCGCCACAUUUACUGAUUCUCUACCUAAUCGCAGGGUUAGGCCUGUUUUCCUUGGCAGAUGGUGAUCCAAUGAUAGAGGUCUUCAGAUGGAAGCAGAUGGACUUCUACAAUCGUGGGGACGGGCACUUGGGCUUGAGCGGCAGGCCAGAUAGGCCAAGCGUUUCAGGUCCGGUUGUCUUCCCUGGGAAAUAUUCGCGUCGAAAACGUCAAGUUAUGACCUCCCGUGAUACCCCAGUUGUUAUAAAUAACCGAGUCAACACUGAUGACCCCAAUGCCCCUUACAUUCCGUACAACAAUGUGCCCAUGGGAGUCACUCACUUCCGGGGACGCCUCUUUGUCACGAUGCCCCGUCGACGGGUGGGCAUCCCAUCCACCUUGAAUUACAUCGAUCUGGCCAAGGACGGCUCAAAUCCCAGUCCCAAGUUGAGCGCUUAUCCAAACUUUGCUCUAAAUCAGUUCAAUGCGAGUGCGAAAAACCUGGUAUCAGUCUAUAGAACCUCAGUGGACGCAUGCCAACGCCUCUGGUUCAUCGACACUGGUAUGCUGGAGUAUCCAAAUAAUCGUCAACAAAUCCGCCGUCCCAGCAUUUGGAUAGUUGACUUGGCCACGGACGAAGUGCUGAAACGUUUCGACAUCCCGGAGAGUAUUGCAGAGACGGGUCGCGGCCUGGCCAGCAUUACCAUCGAUGUCAAGGCGGAUCAGUGCGGCGAUGCCUACGCCUAUAUCCCGGAUCUGGUGUACCGUCGAUUGUAUGUGUAUCAUCUGAGAAAUGAUCGAAUGUGGUCCUUCGAGCACAACUACUUCAACUUUGAUCCGCUUUCCGGGGAUCUAAGCAUUGGAGGGCAGACCUUCCGCUGGGAUGAUGGUAUCUUCUCGGUUACUUUGGGUGCCCAUAAGCCAGAUGGUAGCCGUGAUGUCUACUUCCAUCCCAUGGCCAGUACAAAUGAAUUUGUGGUUUCCAACCGAGUUCUGCAGCAGGAGUCCAAUGCAGCACGAGACGAUCAGGGUAACGAUUUUCGCGUACUGGGAAACCGAGGACCAUCCACGCAGUGUACGAUGCAUUCUUACGAUCCCGGGACCGGAGUGAUCUUCUUCGCUGAGAUCCAGAAAAAUGGAGUGGGAUGUUGGAGGACAACAAGGCCAGUCUCAGCGGAGAACUAUGGCAGUGUUUAUUCCAAUGCUAUGGACAUGAUUUACCCCAGCGACUUGUCGAUUGAUGAGGAGGGAACCAUUUGGAUGAUGUCCAACUCCAUGCCCAUCUUUAUUUACUCCAACUUGGACACGAAUAUAUACAAUUUUAGGAUUUGGAAGCAAAAGGCUUCGAGGGCCAAGAGAGGAACUGUUUGUGAGUGAUUCGUGUGGGAGUCU